CGAAGUACCUAACGUGUGGCAUAGUGUACGGGCAUCCUUAACUUAUCGUCCGAUCGACGAGUCACUAGCAAGUAACUCGAUCAUGAAUGAAGAUUUGAGAAAUCAAGUGACUGGGUCUUCUUUCAUUUGCACUCAUUCUACAUCUCACGGCUUUUCAUUCUAUACAAUAGGAUAUACAGUCUCUCCCUGCUCGUUCUCUCCGCGGUUUUCUUAAUGGCGGAUUUCCCCAAAGAAGUCCCACUCGUUCCGCUUUUUGGCUUUCGACCCUCGACCCUCUCGUUUAUCUUUUUCCUCCACAUCUUCUGUGCGGCGACUCUCGUCGGUGUUAUUGGAAAGAUACCUACGAUGGCUAGUUCGCCAACAUUGACGGACGGCCUACUGGCCGCCUGGCAUACCUACCGUCUACCGCUCCUCAUUGCUCUCUCCACCCUGUUCGUGGCCCUUCAUACGUAUCGCAAAGUCCAGUCGCGAUCCAAGACCCCGACCUCCUCCUCGAUUCCGUCCUCGCCCCGCAGUCAAUCCCCAGCAAAAUCCCCAAUUCUCCACGUGCCGACCGAGAAACAACCCCCACCACUGAUCCCCACGAACAAUGGCAAGCUCACCCACAAUGAUCAGCCUCCCAAGUCCACCUCGGGUCCCAAGCGCGUCCAAGGCAAGAGACCCGCUAAGACCGUCACCGGUCGCCGUACGACUAGCGAGGAGAGACACCCUUUGUCCCUUCAGCCCGUGAUCUUCUUUGCAUCGUUGACGACGACGACGGAACGCUACGCCAACGUGCUGCUGGAGGAUCUGCGUGCGGUGGCACAGGAACGAGCCGACCCGGAGAACCGCGAAAGUGGCCUGUUACCCCCGCAGAUCCACGAUAUCUCGUACAUCGACUUUGACGACUUCUUCGCCGCGGCUCCCAAACCGCCGUCGACCUCCCCCGGCACUCGCUACUUGUACUGCAUUCUGAUCCCCACAUAUAACAUUGACACGGUCUUGAACACGUUAUUGGGUCACUUGGAUGAGAUUCAUAAUGAUUUCCGUAUCGACACUGCGCCCCUCUCCCAAUUGGCGGGCUAUUCGGUCUUUGGCUUUGGUGACAAGGAGGAGUGGCCCACCGAGGAGGAGGGUUUCUGUUCUCAGGCGAAAGAAGUCGAUCGCUGGAUGGCGAAACUGACCGGCCGAAAGCGGGCGUAUCCGUUGGGAAUGGGUGAUGUCAAGACUGAUGCAGAGAUCUCGUUGAAAGAGUGGUCUCAAGGACUUCAGGAUACCAUUUUCGAUAUCCUGGAGAGUGGCGGUCUGGGAGAGGGUGUUCCGGGCAGCGGUGACGCCGUGGAGAGUGACGAUGAAGAAUUGGAGGACUUGGAGGAUGGCGACGAGUCCAGGAGCAAAAAGAAGGAUACUUCGACCAUGGUCGAUCUGGAGGAUAUCAAGAUGAAUGGGGACUCGGCUGGUCCCAUUCCCAUUGACUUUACGACCACGGGCAAGGCUGUAUCUGCGGAGGCCACCGCGAAGGAGAUGGUUCCCAAGACGUCCCCGACAUAUGCCGCUCUGACGAAGCAGGGUUAUACCAUUGUUGGCUCCCACUCUGGCGUCAAGAUCUGUCGAUGGACCAAGUCCGCGCUCCGUGGUCGUGGCUCGUGCUACAAAUAUUCUUUCUACGGCAUCAAGUCUCAUCUCUGCAUGGAGGCGACGCCUUCGCUGUCGUGCAGUAACAAGUGUAUCUUUUGCUGGCGUCACGGUACCAACCCCGUUGGGACCACCUGGCGAUGGAAAGUCGACUCGCCUGAGUUGAUAUUCGAUGGUGUGAAGGAAGGUCACUACAAGAAGAUUAAGAUGUUAAAGGGCGUGCCUGGAGUGCGAGCCGAGAGAUUUGCCGAAGCUAUGCGAAUUAGGCAUUGCGCCUUGAGCUUGGUCGGCGAGCCGAUCUUCUACCCCCAUAUCAACCGCUUCCUGGACAUGUUGCACGAGGAGCGCAUCUCCAGCUUUUUGGUCUGCAAUGCUCAGCAUCCCGACCAGUUGGAGGCGCUGCAUCGUGUGACCCAGCUCUACGUUUCCAUCGACGCUAGCAACCGCGAGAGUCUGCGAAAGAUUGAUCGCCCUCUUCACCGUGAUUUCUGGGAGCGAUUCCAGCGCUGUCUAGACAUUCUGCGAGAGAAACGUCACAUCCAGCGGACCGUAUUCCGAUUGACUCUUGUGAAAGGCUUCAAUGUCGAGGAUGAAGUCGUUGGAUAUGCUAAUUUAGUUGAAAAGGCAUUGCCGGGCUUGGUCGAGAUCAAGGGUGUCACCUUCUGCGGAACCAGCACUAGUGCGGGCGCCGGCCUGACGAUGAAAAACGUGCCUUUCUACGAAGAAGUGUCUGCCUUUGUCGUCGCACUGAAUGAGGAGCUGCAGCGACGCGGUCUCAAGUACGGAAUUGCUGCCGAGCACGCCCACAGCUGCUGCGUCUUGCUUGCAUCGGAGCGUUUCCAUGUGAAUGGAAAGUGGCACACCCGUAUUGAUUAUGACCGGUUCUUUGAAUUAUUGGAGAGGGAGAAGCAGGAUGGUACCUCAUUCGCUCCCGAGGAUUACAUGCGUGAAACGGAAGAGUGGGCUCUCUGGGGCCGUGGUGGCUUCAACCCCGAUGACGAACGGGUCUUCCGCAAGGGCCGUGACGCCGACUCUCGGGCUCGUAAAGCUCGUGAGAUCCUAGGGACGGCCAUUACGUUUUGAAACGCUUUCUCUAUAUAGCCUCCCAUCUUGAAGUACUUUUGCGGUACAUGGAGGCAACAAAAAAGGGUCACGCUGCGCACAGAAAACUGAUUCAAAACCUUGGCGCUGUCUCCUUCGACAGUUAGCUACAUGUGCAUACCAUUGCCAUUAAAAAAUACGCAACCUCUGCUACGGCACAAAAAGUUCCUCGAGCCUUUCUUAUCUUCACAAUUGAUCAAUUAUCCACUAUGAGACUAUCUGCCUAUUCAAGCAUACUUCUUCACCAGAUCCGCCACCUCGGAAUCCGACAAUUUCUGAACGCCCAGAAGCUCAUUAUCAGUCUUGGUAAACAGAGCUCCAUACUUCCCACCAUAAAUAGCCCGCAGGAUCAGAUUAGUCGCAAACGUCCUCCCAUCGGGCGGAGACUGUUUCAGAGCUUCGUAAGCCUCCUUCUCGACAUCCUCAGUCUUGACAUUCUCUCGCUGAAUCUUGUCGCCAUUACCCGACAGAUCCAGCAGCUGAUUCUGAGUGAACUGCACAUCGGAGACAAAGACAUGUCGAUUCUUAGUUUCGUCGAGAUGCUUCAAAACCCCGACCACGGCUCGUCCAACACCCGCCAGCGUGGUACUGCUAACGGGAACGUCGCCGCCGUCAUAGAUACGCGUGGACGGCCCCUUGAGAUUGACAACAAACCUUUGUUCAAGACCCCAGUCGAAGAACGGGCCGUUGAUCACGCCCGUCCAGCUAAACGCGGCAUCCUGCUUGGCGACUUCCUCCAGUUUCUGGAGAACGGCGACCUUGUCGCCGAAGACGGGCAGCUGAGCCGUUAACGGGUUGCUGGUGUCGGAGCCGAACUCGGAGGGGAUGAAGCGCUGGAUGCCGGCGGUUUGGGCUGCUUCCACCAGGCGGAGGUGGACCUCGCGGGGGACGAGGCCAGCGCUGAGGGCGUUGACUACGGCGUCUUGGGUCUUGAGCGCGGCCACGAGAGAGUCGAGGGAGUUGUAGUCGACUACUUGGAUGCGAGCGCGUGAAUCGACUUGAUGCGAAUCCGAGCGACUGAGGAUGGUGACUUCGAAGCCGGCAUCGAGUAGUUGAGUGAUAAUGGCUGGUCCGAGGUUACCGGUGCCCUGUUCGAAUUUGGGAUUAGUUUAGAAAAGGCUGGAUGAUGUAGAAAGAGAGUUGUCUCAAACGUACACCGGCCACAGCUACACGAGUAAUCGCCAUGAUGAAUUAUAAGAUGGACGAGGUAAACGAUGAUCGGCGCUGGAAUAAGCUUAAAAGUUUGGCACUUCAAGGGUUGUUUGAGAGCUGGAGGGAUAGUUGAAUGGAUUCGGGCCACAUUGCAGGUCUCGUCGACUACUUAUAUCCAUCUACCCUGGCAGAGUAUGUUCUACAAUGCUCCAUUGCAACAAUCGUGCGCAUGUCACCAAACCUGCGUUGUAUCACCUCAUCUACAAAGAUUAUUGAGCGGCGCGGAAGUGUCCCGUGGAGUAGACCGUGGGCUGACUAAACAAAAGAGGAGGUGAUUAGAACGGCGGAUAGCAG